AUGCAUUUCUCCAAGUUUGCAGGCUUUGCCCUCUGCGGUCUGGCAAUGGCCCAUCCCGGAGUUCACGAGCCCAACUCGUACUCUCGUGUUGCCAAACGGAACUUCCUCCACAAUGCUCGUCGCUCGCUGGACCUCUGUGCCGAUCACCUUGAGAAGCGUGGUCUCAAUGAACGUGCUCGCACCCGUCGCAGUGCCAUUCUCCAGAAAAACAAGAGACACACCAUUCAUGCUCGCAACACCAAUGAGACAGUCUCCAAGGACCACCACUCUUCCCUUUCUGUUACUUCAAGCACCUCUGAAUCGGAGUUGUUCUCAAACAGCCCUGUCUGCAUCCUGGCUCCUGAGGGAGAAGUUGGUCCCUUCUGGGUGAAGGGUGAAUACAUUCGUCAAGAUCUCACCGACGAUGAGCCUGGCGUCCCGCUGUACAUUGACGGUCAAUUCAUCGACAUCAACACCUGCGAACCGAUCGAGGACCUAUACUGGGAUGUGUGGAACUGUAACUCCACUGGUGUCUAUUCUGGCAUUCAGAGCUCUUCAAACGGCAACGGCAACGACGCAGCCAACCUCAACAGGACCUCCCUUCGUGGAUUGCAGAAGACCGACUCCGAUGGAGUGGCUCAGUUCAAGACUGUAUUCCCCGGUCAUUACUCUGGCCGGACUACCCAUAUUCAUGUCAUCGCCCAUACCGAUGCUACAGUCCUGUCCAACAACACUCUUACUGGUGGCUCUAUCCCGCAUAUUGGCCAAGUUUUCUUUGACCAGGACCUGAUUUAUGAAGUCGAGGCUCUUUACCCAUACAACACUAACACCGUUUCUAUCACCGAGAACAUCGAUGAUCAUGUUGUUCAAGAUGAGACUGAAGACUCGACUUCUGACCCUUUCUUCGAGUACGCUUUGUUGGGAGACACUGUGGAGGACGGAAUCUUUGGCUGGGUUACCCUGGGUGUGAACGUUUCGGCCAGUUACGAUGCUAGUUAUGCUGCCCACCUUACCUCCUCUGGUGGAGUAAGUGACAGCAGCAGCAGCAUUGGAGGUAGCGGUAGCGGUGGUGGCAGCGGUGGACCUGGCGGCUUCUAA